AAGCAAUAAUGAUCCAUCUCAGUUCCAAAACUCAUCGAAUUACAUUAUUGAUCGUCAAGUCUAAUAAACACAUACCAUGGCUCCUUCUUGUUCUUCUACUGUUUCAGCUUUGCUGAUUGUUGCUCUUCUGGCUAGCUCUUUCAUGGCUACCUCGUCCGCUCGUACUUUCUACCAAGACUUCGACCUUACUUGGGGUGACGGUCGUGCAAAGAUUCUCAACAAUGGGAAACUUCUUACUCUGUCCCUUGACAAGGCCUCUGGCUCCGGCUUCCAGUCCAAGAGGGAAUAUCUAUUCGGAAGCAUCGAUAUGCAGCUCAAGCUUGUUCCUGGAAACUCUGCCGGCACUGUCACUGCCUAUUAUUUGUCAUCUCAGGGCCCAACUCAUGAUGAAAUUGAUUUCGAGUUCUUGGGCAACCUCAGUGGAGAUCCUUACAUUCUUCACACUAACGUUUUCAGCCAAGGGAAAGGAAACAGAGAGCAGCAGUUUUACCUCUGGUUCGAUCCCACCAAGGACUUCCAUACCUACUCAAUUCUCUGGAACCCCCAAAGUAUUAUAUUCUCUGUGGAUGGAAUUCCCAUCAGAGAGUUCAAGAACUUAGAGUCGAUUGGUGUUCCUUUUCCUAAAAACCAGCCAAUGAGAAUCUACUCCAGCCUCUGGAAUGCAGACGACUGGGCCACGAGGGGCGGGCUCAUCAAGACAGACUGGACUAAAGUUCCAUUUACUGCAUCUUACAGAAACUUCAAAGCAAAAGCUUGUGUCUGGUCGUCUGGGGCUUCGUCUUGCAAUUCCCAGUCAUUGGCCUCCACACGCAACUACAACAAAGCCUGGUUAUCACGGCAACUGGAUUCCACAAGCCAAGAGAAGAUGAGAUGGGCACAGAGGAAUUACAUGAUUUACAACUACUGCACCGACACAAAACGCUUCCCUCAAGGCCUCCCUCCAGAAUGUGUCCACACCAACUGAACAGGGAUUUCAAGUUAAUUUUCAACGCUAGAAUCAAGAGCUAGGCUUUGUGUACAAUACUCCAUUCAUUCAUUCCUUCCUUUGAUCUUUCUUUUGUAAUUUUCAAACCCAAAUUCUUAUCAUGCAUUGAUUAUUUUCUUGAUUGGUAAUAAACUCUAUUAUUGAUUUUUU